CCGCGCUUGCCCGCCUCGAGAAAGCAAUGGCUUCCCUCAAGGACAAACUGGUCACCCCAAUUACCCCACCAUGCACUCAGCCGAACAACAAGAUCACCGUGGUGGGAGUCGGCCAGGUGGGCAUGGCCUGUGCUGUCAGUGUCCUGGAAAAGGGUCUCUGUGAUGAACUUGCUCUUGUGGAUGUCGUGGAAGACAAACUGAGGGGAGAAAUGCUGGAUCUACAACAUGGAAGUUUAUUUCUUAAGACACCUAAAAUUGUAGCAGACAAGGAUUAUUCCGUGACUGCUAAUUCAAAGGUGGUGGUGGUUACUGCUGGUGUCCGCCAGCAGGAAGGAGAAAGCCGUCUUGACCUAGUUCAGAGGAAUGUGAAUGUCUUCAAAUUCAUUAUCCCCCAGGUUGUGAAAUACAGCCCAAAUUGCAUCAUUCUGGUGGUUUCAAACCCAGUGGACAUCCUGACCUAUGUGACGUGGAAGCUUAGCGGCCUGCCGAAGCAUCGUAUCAUUGGCAGUGGCUGUAACCUUGAUUCAGCUCGGUUCCGCUUUUUGAUGGCAGAAAAACUGGGCAUCCAUCCCUCCAGCUGUCAUGGCUGGGUCUUGGGAGAACAUGGCGAUUCCAGUGUACCGAUCUGGAGUGGGGUAAACGUAGCAGGUGUUUGUCUCCAGGAACUGAACCCAGAAAUGGGGACUGACCAAGAUCCAGAGAACUGGAAGAAAGUCCACAAACAGGUGGUUGACAGUGCCUACGAAGUGAUCAAGCUGAAAGGCUACACCAACUGGGCCAUUGGCUUUAGUGUGGCUAAUAUUUUGGAAAGCAUUCUGAAGAACCUUUCUCGAAUUCAUCCAGUGUCCACCAUGGUAAAGGGCAUGUACGGCAUUGAACACGAGGUGUUUCUGAGCCUGCCAUGCGUGCUGGGAGCUGCUGGGUUGACCAGUGUGAUCAAUCAGAAGCUGAAGGAUAACGAAGUGGCUCAACUCCAGAACAGCGCCACCACGUUGUGGAACGUCCAGAAGGAUCUCAAGGAUCUGUAGGCAGCAGAGAUGCUUUUUUUUUCCAUAACCAAGAAGACAGGCAGUGUUAAGCCAACCUUCAUUUAAACUCCAUAGCUUCCAGUAAACACCUUGAAACGGUACAGGCUUUCCUCCACCAUAGCUAAGACGUAUGUUGCUGUCAAUGCAAAUGUUCUGAACAAAUAAAACCAGCUCUUUCGUGUGUGCUCUA